UAAUAAAGUAAAGAUUGUGUUACGAAAUCAACACGAAAUGCUCUAGAAAGAAGAGUAACUGAUGGCAUUUAAUCCUUCUUUUAUUUUAUAUUGUAUUUUUUAAUAUUGUAUUUUUUAAUAUUAUAUUUUCCAAUUGCAUAGUGUUAUAAUGUAUUGGAUCACAUGCCUAGAAGGUGGCCCUCAAAGAGUCAAUCAUGCUGCUGCUAGCGUAGAAAACAAGAUAUUUUCAUUUGGUGGUUAUAAUAGCGAUGAGGCAUUUGAUAUCGGUCAUAAAAUUGACAUCCACGUUUUUGAUACAAAAUCUUAUGCCUGGAAUAUCGUACCCACUAGUGGAAUCAUCCCCCAUAAAGUGGACGGCCACUCUGCUUGCGUCAUUAAUGGUUUCAUGUAUGUAUUUGGAGGCUAUGAAGAAGAGACUGAAAUGUUUUCAAAUUCUGUGCAUCGCUUGAAUCUAAAAUCCUUUGAAUGGGAAAAGGUUCCCACCAAAGUAAGCUCUGGUAUAAUGCUUUGCCUAAAUAAGUUCCAAAAAUUUAAAGUUUUGCUGAAACAUUGCUGUACUUNCAACAAUGAAAUUGUGUUUCUAGACACUAAAUCUAUGAAAUGGGACAAACCACUUUGUGAAGGAAAGCUUCCUUGUGGCCGCAGAAGUCACUCAGCCGUUGUGUAUCAUAAUGAAAUCUACAUAACUGGAGGAUUCAACGGCCACACUAAAUACCAUUUAAACGACAUUUAUAAAUUUAAUCCAGAAAAAAGAAUGUGGUAUGAAAUGCAUCCUAAAGGUGAACCUCCGUGUCCCAGAAGGCGCCAUUGUUCUUGUGUCAUUGGAGAUCACAUGUUUCUAUUUGGUGGCAGCAGUCCCCUCAAUGAAGAUGAAUAUGCCAGACACUAUAGCAAUGAUACUCAAGAAAAUCGUACACUCCAAGAUCAUUCAGAUUUAUAUAUUUUAGAUUUCUUUCCUACAUUGCAACGACUUUGUCAACUUGAAGUAAUAAAAUCAAAUCUAAGGAUAGAAUUACUACCUCAGCCUCUAAUCCGUGAAAUAUAUGUAUUAACAACAAAUUCCAAAAUGCUGAAAUCAUUCUACACCCGAUACCCUCGUAAUGAUUAUCUUGGAAUAGCAACCUCAGCAUGACUCAGCAUUCCAGUUUUACUGAAUUAUUAUGUUCCUUCAUUUUAUUAUUUAUUAGUUUAACACUUUGAUGUAUGAAUUUGUAUAGUUAUAAAUAAAAAUUUGGAUAUUUUU